AUGAGGCCAUAUCGCAAAAGCGACCUAGAGCGAAUAGUAGAUCAAAUAAACCUAAGAGGCUUUCAAAGAGGUAAUUAUUUGGUAUAAGGCAAAAGGGAAUAAAAGACUUAAAAUAAUUACAUUACAUCUUUAAAAGAAAUUCAAUUGACUCAAAAUCAAAAUGAAAGUUAUUGCGAGGGAAUAGAUGAAGAAGUAAACAUCAAUAGGUCAGUUCUCAAUUUCGAACUUAUUGAUGCUAUAGAACUUGAAAGUAGAAUAGGUCGAAAGUAAGAACAAAGUAAAGUAUAUCGAUCUUUUGAGGGCCUAAUAAAUGAUGAAUAAAACACCUCUCUAUACCAUAGGUACAACUAAAAAAGUCAAGAAAACAUCAGAGAUCACUAAACUGAAUAUGUAAAGUCAUAAGGUUAGCAAGAAAUUUUGAAUGAAUAUCAUGUUCGAUCAAGAAGGAACGUCUACGAGGACAACUACAAUUUAAGAUUGAUAAAUUCUCAAGGAAUAGAAGCUAUUUUGAAUAACUUCCAUAAUUAUUUUGAUUCUUAUCCCCUUUUGAAAUUGAGAAAAUACAUAGUUCUUUUAUUGGAGCUGCUAUCUUAGAUUUGCGAAAUGAUCAUAUCAAGUAGAGUAUAUAGAUAUGUGAUGCUUUUUAUAAUUACGACAAACAUAAUCUUAUUAAUAACAAAAUAUUAUGGCAAUUUUUAUGAGCAAUAUUAAGAAUUUUUUGAUACACAACAGGAGGUGUUUUUUAUAAUCUAUGUUUUAGAAAUUUGUAUACGAGUGUCAGGCCACAAUAUAGUAAACUUUUUCUGUCAAUUUUGGAAUAUUUUUGAUUUGAUAAAUGUAGUGAUUUUGGGGUUAGUAACAUAUGGACUGAUUUCAUUUGACUUUUCGCCUUUAAGAGCAAUAAGAGUAUUGAUUUUCUUAAGUUAAUUAUCCUCAUAAUUGCAAUUAACUUUCAAAGCACUUAUUCAAUCAUUAAGAUACAUGCUCGAAGCUUUGUUGAUUGUCUUAAUAUUUUGUGUUCUUUUUGCUAAUAUAGGUCUUCAUUAGUUUGCAACUGCGUUUUACAACAAAUGUGUUUACUUAGAAGAAGGACUUAUAUUGUCUGAUUAGUAUUGUGGAUGGCUAGACUGUCCAAUUUACUCGACAUGUAUUAACGUUCCAAUCAUAUUUGCUCCAGAUCCAAUAACUAAUUUUAAUAACUUCAUUAAUUCUUUCAUUUCUAUCAUAAGAAUCAUUACAAUGGAUAAUUGGACUGAUUUGAUGUAUCCUACUCUUUACACUUAAAGUCCAUUGACUUGGAUAUACUUUGUAUUUGUGAUAUUCAUAGUUGGAUUCUUUGCAUUUAAUUUGAUUAUAGCUAUUUUGAAGACAUAUUAUUCACACAUAGUUGCCAACUAUUCGCAGGAUCAAGAGGAUGUUAGAAAAGAGUAGGAUGAUCAAAUUGAAAUUAAUCUGAGAUUUAUAAAGGAUUUAGGACUUUAUUAGAAAUUAAAGGUGCUAUAAAGAGCUAAACUUCACACAUAAUAAUAAUCUUAAGAUAGCUCUUAAUCCUAAAUUAUCAAUAAUUAUACAAUGAAAUAACCGUUCCUACACUAAUAAGGCGGAAAUUCAUCGAUUUUGAGUCCUUAAAUAUCAGCUAGAAUUGUUGCAAAGAGUACUGCAAAGAAAAUUCAAAGAUUUGCUAAAAGUUAAAUUGAAAAAACUUAAAAAAAAAAGUAAUAUGCUCAUGUACUUUCAGCUCGACAAAGAAGAGAAAUGGAAGAGCUGAAUGAUGAAAAAAAAACAAAUUUUAUAGGUAAAAUAAAGUCAUCGUGCAAGUUGAGAUACAUAAUAUUACCGAAAAGAUCAUUAAUUUUAGAAUAGACAUUCUAAUUUUAAAACUCAAAUGAAGAGGAAAUGGAUAUUCUACAUUAAUUAUAAACGCAUGAUGUUUUAGGUUGGAAAGUGUCAGUGGUAUACAAAGAUUAUGUUUCAAACUCUUAAAGCGAAGUCUUAGGAUAAAAACAAGAAUACCUAUUAAAGGAAAAAAAAUUAGUUACAGAAUUAUAAAAAAUUAGAUCCAAAAAAAUUCAUCAAUUCUAUUUUGAUGAUGAAAUCCUUAAAUAGUACUAAAAUACUUGUAACAAGAUGAUUAGAAGUAGUAUCUUACCAAUAAAUAAAACCAAAAGAAAAAUAUAGGUAUAAUCUCAAACAUUUGAAGAAUUAAGAAACGAUGAAAUAGAAAUACUAUCUCCAAAGAGACAAUCUUCUAAAUCAUCUAGUGUUGAAAGGAAAUUCAGAUCCCAAAGAAAAACUAUGCUUACAAUAAAAAAACAGAGGAGCGACUUCUUUUUUGAAUUUCCAGAGUAUUAGGAAGGAGAACCCUUUAUUUUUUUAAAUGGUGUCAAAAGGAAUUAUGAAUCUGUGUCUAUUCUAAUCAAUAGAACAUUAGAAAAUGAGCAAGAGAUUCCAGAUACAGAGGAUUUGAAUUCUCUAUUUUUUUAAUACCUGAAAUAUCGUAGAUUGGAAAUUAAGAAUAAUGUAAUAUUUAAGCAAAACAUUUCCUUACUUGAUGUCAUCAAGAAUAAAAAACUAAGUCUGCUGUCAAUAUUCAGAUCUUUAAAUUCUAAAGAAAUUCAUAUUUGGAUGAUAGGCUUUACUGGGUUAUGGAAGUCUUUCUAGUUAAAAAUAAAAAUGUGGUUAAACAAUAGUUUCAUCAAUUUAGUUUUUGAUUUUUCAAAUUUGUUGAGUUUUUGUGUUCUAUGUUCAAUUGGGUUUUUAGAUGAUGAACUUAUAGAGUAGAUUAAUUUAUAUAUGACAUUCUAACUAAUCGUUCAGAUUUCUUUGAAGUUAAUAAGCUAAGGCAUUAUACUUUUUGGAUAAGAAGGAGAGAACAUCUUAGACUCAAUGGUCAUAAUAACUUAGAUUAUAUACAUUAUAAUCAUAUCCACUGAGAUUCCAUAAAAAGAUAAUUAUGCAAGUGAAAUAAAGGCACUCAGAGCAACUAAUGCAAUUUUAUUAUAUAGAAUUAUCAAAUAUAAUUAAUUUGUAACCAGGAUUAUGAGAAUUGCAAAGAUCACAUUUAAGAAAUAUUUGAGCUUAAUGUUUUUAAUGUUAUCUAUCAUCUUGAUAUUUUCUAUUUUGGGAAUGUAAUUCUUCAUUGAGAAUUUCUAAGAAAAUGAGAGUUUAUCAUAAUUACACUCUUUUAAGAGUUUUGCAAAGUCUUGGAUGACCAUAUUUAACAUCAGCACAAAUGAUGAUGCUGUUGGUAUGUUAAAAGUUGUGAUCAAAUUUUAACAACCUUGGAUAGGAAUCCUAUUCUAUUUCAUAACCGUAUUUACAAUAAAUUAUCUGAUCUAUGGUCUUGUAAUGGCAGUAUUAUUGGAUGCUUUCUCUUCUGAAUUGGAGAGGGUUGUAGAAAAGUAACAAGAUCAAUCCUUGAUUCUGGCAAGGAAAGUGGGAAUAUAGGAGAAUAUUUAAUUUGAUAGCUAAAAUAACAAUAUUACACAAAAUGAAGAAGAAUAGUAUUUGAUCUUUGUUAUUUUUAGAGUGAAGGAAUAAAGUACUCAACCUACGAAAUCCCAUUCAUCAAAACAUCAUGCCAAAAUCAAUAUUAGAGAUUUGCCAGAAACAUCUCAAAAACUAUUUAUCAAAAAGAGAAAAAGAUAUUAACUCAUUUAUUACGAAGAUACUAAAUGCGCUGACUCUUGCUUUAUUUUUUCUUACAAUAAUAGGUUUAGAAAGAUAUGUUAUAGAAUUUCUAAAAGUUUACCAUUUAAACUCUUAAAUGACGUUACCAUAAUCAUAUCUGUAGUAUUCUAAAUACUGUCUGAUUUUCAAUUAUCAAAUAACCAAUAAUUAUUUGACUCCAGUUUGAAUCAAUACUUCGAGGUUAUCCUAUUGAUUUAGAACAUUGUGAUUUUGGCCAUAUUCAUAGUUGAAAUAAUAGCAAAGGGUUUUAUCCUUAAUGAAGGAACUAUCCUUAGGGAUUUUUGGAAGCUGGUUAAUAUGACCUAUACUACAGCAUACUUUUUGAGUUUUAUAAGUUCAGCUCCUAUUUUAAAAUAGGCACAUCAUUUAAUUUUCUGUAGACCACUAAUGAUGGUGAAUAUGUUUGGUAGUGUUUAAGGUGUAAAGAAUGCGAUGGUUAAAAGCUUGAUUUAGAUAAUCAAUAUAGUAGCUGUGAUUCUAUUUGUGUUUAUGGUCUUUAAUGUGUUUGCAAUGCAUUUAUACUAGAAGAAAAUGGGGUAUUGUGAGGAUUUAAUGAAUUUUCAUAUCAGUUAUUCUGAGUGCCAAAAGUAAAAUAAACAGUGGAUCAAUCAUCCUUAUAACUUCGAUAAUUUUGUAAAUGGACUAUUUACAUUAACUAUGAUAUCUUCAUUAGAUGCAUGGGGGGAAAUCAUGUAAGUGUGUUACAAUGCCAGCAAUUCAAGUACAGGACCUUCUCCAUUUAAAAUUUAAUGGGCCACUUAUUUACUAUUUGUGACUUUCAUUUUCAUAGGAGCUAUGUUUUUUAUGGGUUUUCUGACUGGUGUGUUAUUUACUGAAUUUUAAAAAUUUACGAAAAAGAUAGAAAACAAAAACUUAACAUAGGACCAAUCUCAAUUUAUAUAAAUUUGCUCGAUUGUUCUCAAUUAGAAACCUGGUUAUUCUCAUGCUCCUCAUUCCACUAUUAGAAAAUUGGCUUAUAAGUUAGUCUUUAGUAAAUAUUAUAAGUAUUUAUACAAUUGUAUUUUGGUUACAAACAGUAUUGCACUAUGUUUCCUAUUUGACAUUCACUCAUAAUAUACUAGAAAUUUAGCUAAUUAAUUAUAUCAAUUGCACGCUAUCAUAUUCACCUUUGAUUGCAUAAUAAAGAUUAUGGCAUAUGGAGUCACCAGGUAUAUGUCUUCAAGAUGGAGAUUGUUCGAAUUAAUCAUAACAGUCAUAUCAAUUGCAGAUUUCAUGUAUGAUUUGAAAAAACGGUGGUUUCAUCUUUUUACGAAUGGUUCAUAGGAUCAAUUUAUAAUUUACAUAGCCAAAGUCUUUUUGAUCUGUAGAGAUAUAAAGAUCUUGCUGAUAUUCUAAGAAUUUAAAGGACUUUAGAGAUUGAUGCGAGUCUUGUUCUUUACAUCCUCCUUACUUGUGAAAAUACUUUACAUAUAAUUAACUAUACAGGCUACUUAUGCACUGGUAGGAACCCGUCUAUUUGAUACCUAUAUACAUGUUUAGGGUAGAGCCAUAGAUGAGUAUUACCUGAACUUUAGGAAUUUCAUCAAUGCUGCCUUAGUCUUAUUUAAAUGUACAACGGGAGAUGAUUGGAGAGCCCUAAUUAUUGAUUGUAGUAGGUCCAAUAUGUAUUGCCGAGAUGAUGUCCAACAAUGUGGUUCUGGAUGGGCAUAUUCAUACUUUUUAUCCUACUAUUUACUAUCCAAUAUAGUAGUAAUGAACCUAUUUGUAUUAGCUUUGGUUGAUCAAUUUGAAAGUUUUUUUAGUACUACGACGAAUGUGAUUUAAACCUUUGUCGAGAAUAUCGAUCAUUUCUGUAAUUGUUGGUGCCGUUAUACAUACGAUACUAAGGGACUCAAAAUGCACACUAGAUAUAUUGGUAGAUUUUUAUUAGAUCUGAAUUAACCACUCGGGGCUUAGAAGGGAGACAAUAUAUGGGAUGCUGCGAAAGAUGCAUUUAAUUUUAGGAUUAGAGCGGAUAAAAGGAGUUAUGUUAAUUUCAAUGAAUUACUAUAUGAAACAUUGAGAUUUGCGUUCUUGGAUAAAGUGUUUAAGGAUGGAACUUAGGCAGGGAAGGCUGAGAUGAAAUUAUUUGAUAUGGCUAUGAAAAGAAAGUUAAAUGAGAAAAUGAAGGAAAGAUAGAAAAGUGGGUAAACUUAGGGAGAUAUUAAGUUAUUUGAUUCAAUUGAUGGAUCUUUUGAUUUCAAAUACUCUUAUUAGAAUUUCAACAUCUUACAGGAGUAUUUACAUUUGCUGAUCAUUUUUAAAACUUGGAAAUCUUACACAAUUAACAUAUUUGAAAAGUCAAAAAGGGGACUUUAGAAUUAUACUGAAUAAUCAAGUGAUGAGAGAUAUGAGUACAUAUCAUAAUUCAGCGUUCAUACAAAGGAUGGGUUACAAGGGUUGAAUGAAGAGAAGCUGUACGCUUCUUAAGCUAUUGACGAAUAAAACAAGGAGGAGAUAAUGCAGAAUUUCAAGGAGUCAAAUAAAUACAGAUUGACGAAUUACAAUUCAUAGAAUAGUUCUACUUUGCAAGGUGUUGUAUAUGAACCUGCAGGAACAAAUCCUACUUCUAUUAUCAGAAUGCAAUCAACCUCUUUGGAUCCAUAAGGAGUGUCAAGAUCUAUUUUGAAGAAGAAAUGUUAAACAUUAACAUUGAAUGAUGUCCUUUUGUAUUAGAACAAAUAAAAGCAAAAUGAGAAUAAAUUAAACUGA